AUGUUGGAACCGAAACCGAAACCGGUUACAUCGGUUCCUACAAUUUUAGAACCGCUCCUGGAACCACGGAACCGGUUCUGGUUCCGGGAAGACACGAAAGAAAAGUCUACAUCAUUGCCACCACCUAUCUCAGCCGCCGCCACCAAGAGAAUGAUAAAUAACCGAAUAUUAGGUCCCGAUUUUGGGUUCAUCAACCAGUUUUACUCAAAUCUAUGUAGGUAUCUUUUGUUUAAGGUUUCCGGUGGAACCCGUGUUGAAGAGAUUAGCUGCAGUUUUCUGCUUCCAGGCCUGUUAUGCAGCAAAACCAUACUUGUGAAGGCUGUUGGUGUUGUGGAUACAAGUCCAGAUACUGUUGUUGAGAUGUUUUUGAACGUUGAUAAACAUAGAAGAUAUGAGGAAGAACCCCAGGUGUUUGAUGGAAUGUCGCACACAAAAAGGCGAAGAUUUGCUGAUGUCGAAGCAGGAAAUGAAGCCUUUCAGAAUGAUAAGCAUACAGAAGCAACAGAUCAUUAUAGUGCUGAAAUAUCAAAAAGUAUAGAAUCACACUCAUUUGCAGUUGUUUGUUUCUGCAAUCAUGUCACUCCAAACCAAUAUUUGGGUGAAGUCAUUGAUGACCCAAACUGUAAGCGAGAUUGUUUGCAUCUUAUUAAGUGGGGUUCCUCCUGGUGA